GUGACUUGAUUUAGUGUAGAAAUAAAAUGUAUAAAACCUUUUGUUUGUCUUUUUUUUUCCAACAUUUAUGUAACUAAGUAUUUUCAAUGAAAGACAGCCAUACCUAUAGCAACUUACUUGGAUAGUUAUUUAUGUUUAAAGAAUUUAAAUAUAUAUAUGCAGAUUUGCUGCAGCACAGCAUUUCUUCUAAUCAGUAGGGGUAUAGCUUCUCUGAAAAGUUAUUGUUUUAACAUUUAGUAAAUUGGCUAAUGCAUUGACAGGAUUACUUAAAAUUUAUGAAUUAUUAAUUUCAGUAUCUGAUCUUUGUCAACAUUUAGUUCUAAAUUACUUACUUUCCGUCUUUACUGAUAAUUUUUCAGCAGCUAAAUGCACGAAAAUACUAGGCAUGUGUGAUAUGAAUUGAAGAACUACCAAGUUCAGUCAAGUAAUCAGUGUACACACACAUCACAAACUUAACAAUAUUUAUUCAAUGAAUACUACUUCACUGUUCCGAAAAAUAGAGUUCAAUAAAUUAACUGAGAAAUAAAUUUAAGAGAUUUCAUAUAACCAAAUUUUGCCAAACUACCUCAGUGCAAGGCAAAAAAUAUAGGCAAUUGAAGAAAAUGGAAAACAACAACAACAAAAAAAAAAAAAAAAAAAGGAGAUUGCAUUAUGUUUUCUUUUCUAAAGCUCAAUAACUGUUAAAAAUGUCAAGAAAUCAACUACGUUUUCGGUAUGUACAGCACUUACAGCUUCUUUAGGGAUUUUGUUGUAACUGAGAAGGGUUUGAAGUGGAUGAGAUGUUCUGGCGCCAGUGAGGAGUUCCCCUGACUGGCUAAUAGGUAGAUUUCGCUUCGGGUAUCUUGGAUGCAACCGGGAUAGAACACUAAAUUGGAAUUAAGGAGUUCUUAAAUUCUCUUUUGGUUCACAAUAUAUUCAUUCUUGUGCAGAUUUUUCUACAGCACUUGUGCUUACCUAUUCUGGCGAAGAAAUGUUGACCGUGUACUGUGUACCUUUUAUACAUUCAUAUUAUUUAAUUUUUUUUUUUUUAAAGUAAGUAUAUAUACAUUCAAGUAAGUAUAUAUACAUUUUUAAUUUUUUUUUUCGUAUACACAACUAGUUACUCACUCUACUUGUAGUAGAGUGCAUAUAUAGGUAGUAGUGCAUAUAUACAGUGAAACUAUAUGUACAGUAGUAGUAGUAAUAGUACAGUAGUAGUACGAGUAGUAUAUACAGUGAAGUAGUAGGAGUGCAUAUAUACAGUAGGAGUGCAUAUAUACAGUGAAACUAUAUGCCAGAAGUUUGUAUAAUGAAGCAUUUCGCUAGUUGAAAGAGAAGGAAUAACCAGUAAAAUUAAAUGUAUAUAAUAUACAUUAGUUUUAAUAAGAAUAAUAUUCUGUAAUUAUGAAUACUUGGUCAUGAAAUGCUUUUACUCAGUACAGUAAAAUUUGAUAUAACAGGUUUAAAUAAUUUAGAGAAGAAUCAAGAGGAAUGACAAUUCAUGUUUCAACGAUGAGUACGUAACAAAUAUUGCGAGGCUACGAUUCUAUUCGGAUUCAAAACUCGGGAUCUGAUUGGCCAGACAUAAUAAGUACAGAGUUGAUAAAAAUGUCUGUCCAGGACCGUCGCCAGUCAUUAUUUCGUAUACCCCACAAAUAAUAUCGUCAUGUCUGGUCGUGGAAAAGGUGGCAAAGUAAAGGGGAAGAGCAAGACUCGGUCCAGUCGUGCUGGUCUUCAGUUUCCUGUAGGUCGUAUCCAUCGUCUUCUGCGAAAGGGAAAUUAUGCAGAAAGAGUUGGUGCUGGAGCUCCAGUGUAUCUUGCUGCAGUUUUAGAAUAUUUGGCAGCUGAGGUUCUUGAGUUGGCCGGUAAUGCUGCUAGAGAUAACAAGAAGACCAGAAUAAUUCCAAGACAUCUGCAGCUGGCCAUCAGAAACGACGAGGAGUUGAAUAAAUUACUCUCUGGCGUCACAAUUGCACAAGGUGGAGUUCUACCCAAUAUCCAGGCUGUUCUACUUCCCAAAAAAAAACCGAAAAGAAAGCAUAAUUCCUACUUCCCCUAACGCUUCAAAAAAAAAAAGGCCCUUUUAAGGGCCAGAAAAUGUACGAAGAAGAGAAUGCUUAAUUGCUUAUACUGAAAAUUGCAGCAUACGUUGGUAAAUCUUUUCCAUACAUAUAUUUCAUUCAAAAUUCGCACAAAGAUGUGCUCCCAGGACACAUUCGUAUAUAUUUUCAUGUACAUUAUAAAACAUUAACUCAUGGGACUCGGAAAGAAAGGCUAAUGCUAAACUAUAGGUGAAGGGAGUUUAAGGCGCAUCUGAGAAGUGGCGCCAUCUUGCUGUAUACAUUUGUACUGAAAAGUCGUUCUAUUCUUAACUUUCGUAAGUUAUUACAACGCAUAGUUCGGUGUUUUAAGCCCCUCUUCAGAAAUUACAAAUAAUUUAAUUAGAUGGAAUAAUUGCUAUCACAAUAGAUUUUUAUUUAAAAGAAUGAUGUAAUGUAAAGUAAAACAAAUUAAUAUAAAAAAAAAAGACGGAAUACAUGACAGCAAUUAUAUUGAAUCUUAUUAAAUUAUUUGUAUGGCCCUGAA